AUGGCUCCUCCUUUCUAUAACGAUAUCACUAAAAAUGUUAACACUUUGUUGAACAAUGAUUAUUAUCAUUCUCAAGUCGCUUCUUUCGAAGUCUCCACUGUCGCUAAAAAUGGUGUCAAGUUCAACGUCAAAUCAAAGCAAUCUACUCAAGGUGCUCCAUUGUCUUCAACCAUAGAAACUAAAAUUAAUGACAAAUCUACAGGUUUGACUUUGACCCAAUCUUGGUCAAAUGCAAACAAUUUGAACACUAAAGUUGAAUUAGCCGAUAUCCUAACUCAAGGUUUGAAAACUGAAUUGAUCACCUCAAUGGUACCAAACGUUUCCAAAAACGCUAAAUUUAACGUCUCUUUUGUUCAACCUUCUUUCACCGCAAGAGGUAACUUCGAUUUAUUGACAAAACCAUCUUUCGUCGGUGAUUUGUCUUUGGCUCACGAUGGUAUCGUUGGUGGUUUACAAUUCGGUUACGAUAUCACUCAAGGUUCCUUAUCUAGCUACGCUUUGGCCUUAGCUUACAACCAAUCUGACUACUCCUUAGGUUUAUCUAUUAACAACAAGCAAUUCACCACCGUCUCUUUCUUCCAAAACGUCUCUUCCAUUUUGCAAGUUGGUGCUAAAGCUACCGCUAACGUUGCUUCUGCUUCAAACGUUAACAUCGAGUUUGCUACUAAGUACGUCCCAGAUGAAACUUCUCAAGUUAAGGCUAAGAUCCAAGAUACCGGUAUCCUAGCUUUAGCUUACAAACAAGAAUUGAGAAAAGGUGUCACUUUAGGUUUAGGUGCUUCCUUCAACGCUUUGAACUUGAACGAACCAGUCCAUAAGUUGGGUGGUUCUUUGACCUUCUCUGCUUAG